AUGGUGGCACGGGGCUUCAAUCAACAAUAUGGGUUAGACUAUUCCGAGACAUUUAGCCCGGUGAUAAAGGCGACAACUAUACGGAUGGUACUAGAGGUUGCGGUCAAGAAAAACUGGAGUAUACAUCAGGUGUACAUCAACAAUGCAUUCUUACAAGGUACCUUGACGGAUGAGGUCUAUGUUUCACAGCCACCUGGGUUUGUUGACAAGGACAGGCCCCAUCACGUUUGUCGUUUGAACAAAGCAUUGUACGGGCUGAAACAAGCUCCGCGUGCAUGGUAUCAAGAACUGAAGACGUUUCUUCAACUUGCCGGUUUCAAAAACUCACUUGCCGAUACCUCGUUGUUCAUCUAUCACACUGGCAAGGAUUACAUUUAUGUCUUGGUUUAUGUAAAUGACAUUAUCAUUGCUGGUGUUCCCUCUUUGGUACAGGCGUUCAACUUGGCUCUUGCAAAGCGGUUUUCCCUGAAGGAUCUUGGUCCUUUGAGCUAUUUCUUGGACAUCGAAGCGACACGUUCUGCUCGGGGUAUGCAUCUUAUGCAACGCAAAUACAUUACUGAUCUUCUUACCAGGACGUGUAUGCUUGAUGCCAAGCCAGUUGCCACACCAAUGGCAUCAUCGCCGAAUCUCACUAUUGAUUCCGGGACGCCUCUUGCUGAUGCAACGGAGUACAGAACUGUCAUUGGUAGUCUACAAUAUCUCUCAUUUACGCGACCCGACAUCGUUUUUGUGGUGAACCGCUUAUCCCAAUUUAUGCACAAGCCCACUGAUAAACAUUGGCAAGUGGCAAAGCAUGUCCUCCGUUAUCUCGCCGGCACCAAGUCCCAUGGUAUUUUUCUCCGCUCUGAUGGUACGUUAACGAUACAUGCUUUUUAUGAUGCUGAUUGGGGUCGUGCACAUAACACAUACAUCUCCCCCAAUGCAUACAUCAUUUAUUUUGGUGCUAGCCUGAUAUCUUGGUCCUCUAAGAAACAGCAGAGCGUCUCUCGUUCAUCAAAAGAAGCUGAAUAUCGGGUUGUCGCUAAUGCGGCUUCGGAACUCCGCUGGAUCUGUUCCUUGUUAUCUGAGAUGGGCAUCGUCUUACCGGUUGCUCCAGUCUUAUAUUGUGACAACGUCGGAGCUACCUAUUUAUGUGCUAAUCCGGUUUUUCACACUCGGAUGAAACACAUUGCCAUUGAUUAUCACUUUAUUCGUGAGUUCAUACAAGCUGGGGUUCUUCGUGUCACACAUGUCUCUAGCAACGAUCAGCUCGCUGAUGCCCUAACGAAACCGCUGCCUAGACCACAAUUCCAGGAGCUUACAUCCAAGAUUGGAGUCAGCGAACUGCCUCCAUCUUGA